GAACAAGAUUACUAUAAGAUACUGGGUGUUGGUCGACGAGCUACAACCACAGAAAUACGAAACGCUUUUAUUGAAAAAUCAAAAAAGUUACAUCCAGACAAAAACCAAAAUGAUCCAAAGAAGCAUGAUAAGUUUGUAAAAUUAAAUCAAGCCUACACGAUACUCAGUAAUUCAACAACCAGGGAUGAAUAUGAUAUCCAGGAUUUCGAGGGGAAGCACCACAACUAUGAGGACCAGUAUGAAUCG